AUGACUUGUAUUGACAAGGUGAGACUGAACACACCCGUGACUACUGUGCGCCACUGUGGAGUGGACAGUGACAGUCUCUGCAUCACAACCGCAGCCGGAGAGGAGUCGAUGUAUGAUGCUGUGAUUAUAGCCACGCCGUUGGAGAACGCACACAUGGACAUACCACACGACUACAGUCGCUCUGAUGAACCGGCUGAUGCCACAUCUGAGGAUGUCCAUGAGCGGCCGUUCAGGACCACACACACAACACUCGUGGCCGGCACUAUCAACCCGGUGUACUUUGGCGAAGACCCAGGGCAAUCACUGCCAGACGAUAUAUUCACCACUGAGUCCGUUGCGCACCAAGUAUGUCGACAAGCAAAACUAGCAUCACCAACUGGCACAGCAGUGUGUCUGUGUCUACAUUGA